UGGUAUCUCUUCGCUUUAACAAACUUGAAAAUGAAGCAAAAUCUAACAACGUUGUUGCUAUGGCUGUUGAUGUUCCUCUUUGAUACUGUGCCAUUCAUCUGUGAGAAAUCAAUGAGAGAGAGAGCUAUCAGUCUGAUGCAAGAUACACGUUUAAUUGAUGGCCACAAUGACUUUGUACUGCGUCUGAGAAUAUUUUACCAAAAUAGAAUCAGUAAAGUCAACUUAAGAGAAAUCAACAAGACCCACACAAAUCUUCUGAAACUUAAGGCUGGUUAUGUGGGAGCUCAGUUUUGGUCAGUGUAUGUUCUUUGCAGCGCUCAGAACAAGGAUGCUGUACGUCUGACCUUAGAGCAAAUUGAUGUUGUCAAGAGGAUGUGUAACAGCUAUGAAGAGCUUGAACUUGUGACAACUUCCCAAGGUAUUUCUGACAGUAGGAAGAUUGCAUGUUUGAUUGGAAUAGAAGGUGGUCACUCUAUUGACAGCAGUUUGGCAACACUGAGGAUGUAUUAUGACCUAGGUGUUCGUUACAUGACUUUGACACAUUCCUGCAAUACUCCUUGGUCUGAGUCUUCAUCUAAAGGAAUACACAACUUUUAUCCUAAUGUUACUGGUUUGACUGCAUUUGGCCAAGAAGUGGUAAAGGAAAUGAAUCGUCUGGGUAUGCUGAUAGAUUUAUCUCAUACUUCAUAUUCCACAGCAAAAACUGCACUACGUAUCUCAAAAGCACCAGUAAUUUUCAGCCAUUCUUCUGCAUUUUCUGUUUGUAAUCACUCCAGAAAUGUUCCUGAUGAUAUCCUCCAGAAUCUGAAAAAGAACAAGGGAAUUAUUAUGGUGACAUUCAAUGCAGAUGUACUGGCCUGUGGCAGGAAAGUUGUUAAUGUUUCUACCCUAGCAGAUCAUUUUGACCACAUAAAGAGAAUUGCAGGUUCAGAAUCGAUAGGAAUUGGUGGUGACUACGACGGAGUGGAACGUUUCCCUGAGGGACUGGAAGAUGUUUCGAAAUACCCUUCUUUGAUUGAGGAACUUCUUAGAAGAGGGUGGAAUGAAAUGGAACUAAAAGGGGUCUUAAAGGAGAACUUCCUCCGUGUCUUCAGGGAAGUGGAAAAUGUGCGGAAUAUUAGUAGAGCAAUGGAUGCAGGUGAGAGUGAAAUCCCUCAUGAAGAAGUACAAAAUUCCUGUCGCCUAGACCUACGUAAUAUUCGGAUUCAACCUGACAGGUCUUCUGGAUUUCCUUCUAUGGUACAGUCAUUUAGUCUAACACUUGUAUUUGUACCAUAUUUAAUCCUGCAUUAUUAAUUGUAAUAUCUGUGGAUUCCAGGGAGAAUGGAGAAAACUGUAAUGCCGCUAGUUACCUUUUGAGGGGUGAGCUGUUAAUAUAGAGCUUGGCUGGAAUAUUUAAUAUGGUUUCCAUACUUUCACCUGCACACUUGAAAAUUAGUGUGGAUUUUAAAUGGUGUGGCAAAACUAUUUAGAAUUAGAAGUGAGAAAUUCUACCACCCAGAUCAAACCAGGAUCAACUUUGUAAAUAAAAAAUAGUUAUGCUUAAUGAUAAGUCAUCUAACACAUGGAGUGUGAUUUUGGUACACAUGUUGUGGCAUUUGAUGUAAUACCAAGGUCUAGAAUUAGCCUUACCACACAGGCUUUAGUAGAUGGGAUUAAGACAUUGAGACAUCUGUGCCAGGAUUUUGUCAGUUACUUCUUUUUAUAUGGUACAGUUGUCAUCAUUGCUCAGAGAAGACACUGCCACCCCAGCGGGUGUAGAAGAGUGGUUGUGUGUGUUUUUUGGGUUUUGCUUUUGUUUUAGACGACAAACUGGAUGAUGUGGAUACUUGAAUUCAGUUUUCAUACCUACAAGUAGCUUUAGGGGAACCAUUAUGCAGUAUUAAACUCAUUUUUUAAUCCUGACCAGGAUAAUGGGCAGCUGAAGAGUUACUGAAGGGAUGAGGUAGGUAUCUCAUAUUCAUAUGUUAGCAAAAUGAAGGAAUAGAUGUUCAGGUUGCGUUGUAGAUACUCUUGUAUCUCUUGCUGUGAAACAGCAAGUCAGUUUUUCUCUAGAAUAACUUGAGACUGCUCAUGCCAUCCAUUUCUGCAUAUGUGUACCAGUAGUGUUCCUGGAGGAAGACAGUUCCUGCUGUUGCUUCAAAAUGUAGCUUAAUUAGCUCUUCUGAUAGGGUGGUCUCAUUGAUAAGUAUAUUCUGAAUGUAUUAGAGACACUUAAAGAAUUCUUUGCAAGUCAUGUUGAAUAUUUUAGUGCAUACAAGCCAAGUUUUUAAGAGCAGUUUCUUAACAAAUACUGAGACUAUUUAUGGAUACACGGUGGAGAGUUUCAGCACAAGUUUUGUCUUCUCAAUAUGAUUUAACUGGUAUCACAAACUGUUUUUAAAGCAUGUGAUACUGAUCAAAUGAUGAAUGCAAUAAUGCAGAUGUUUACUACUCAUCCUUACUUCUGCUAAUAGCUUUGGAAGCUACUGGAAAACUGCCAUCCAUGGUCUCUUUUCACAAAAAUAGUACUGUGGUAGUAAGUUCAUUGCAUAUUUGAGAUGUAAGAUGCCUUUUUAUUUCUGUGUUGUCACUUCCCUGCCUAAUUUGUACUUUUUUCCCCCAAUACUUUAGCAUGGAUUCAAAAUGCAUUUCUCUUCUUGAAGGUGCAGAUAAUUGUAUCACUCUCAUUUCACCAUGCGAUAGAUAAUUGUGGUUUAUUUCCUUGUUUUAUCUGUAGUGUAUUGCACUUAUUUUCUGACUUUGGAGUAAAGUUUAAUUUGUAACCUUGUGGAAAAAAAGUAUGAAAUUAAAUAAAAUAUUUUUUAAAAAUGUUA